GGAUGACGUCAAGCUCAGUGUUGCUUCAGCCUGGGAAGAGGAGGGAUGUCGGCCGUUGUUGUCUUCGCUGUUUUCCUCCUCAUCUGCACCAUCCUCAAGUUUCUCAAUGUCACCAGCCCCCCCAGGCCUCCAAAGCUUGUGUGCAGCGACUCCAAAUUCCUGGAGCUCAUACUGAAGUACUGCCCACAGCUGAAUGAAACGUAUGUACCAGUGAGACUGUGGGGUUGUAGUGGACACCUGCAGACAAUCGUGCAUGCAACAGUAGGUCGCACCUACUGCCCCAAUGUGGUUCCCAGGCGGAUUGCUGCCAGACAGGAAGAUGGGGCCACUGUCACCUGGGAUUUAUAUGACCCUACUGGUCCCUCCCAGUUGAAUGAGGACUACACCAUUGCUGUUUGUCCAGGCAUAGCAAACAGCAGUGAGAGUACCUAUGUACGGUCUCUAGUAGCUUUGGCAUGUUCUCAAGGCUACCGUUGUGUUGUACUCAACCAUCUGGGUGUCCUGCCACACCUGAAAAUUACCAGCCCAAGAGUUUUCAGAUAUGGUCAAACAGAUGAGCUACACUUGAUGCUGACAAAGUUUAUGGAGUCACACCCAGAAACAAAACUAUUGUUGGUUGGCUUUAGCAUGGGAGGGAACAUUGUGACGAAGUAUCUGGGAGAGUCAACAAGGGUUCGUCCAAGCAACAUUAUUGGAGCCAUCUCUAUCUGUCAGGGCUAUGAUGCCAUUUUAGGCCUCAAGUACUUACUGGAAUGGCACAAUUUAUCACGUAUCUACCUGUUCUCAAUGACGGAGAACAUGAGAUCAGUUAUUAUUAGACACAAAGAAGCACUGCUAACAGAAGAAGUGAAAAACAAAUACAAUAUUGAUGAACGGCGAGUGUUGUCAGCAGCAACAUUACCCGAACUAGAUGAAGUCUACACCAGGAGGAUCUAUGGCUUUCGAACUGUAGAAGAAUUGUAUCGAGCUGAUAGCUCUGCCAAUUAUUUGCACAACAUUCAUGUUCCCAUAGUGUUCAUCAAUGCUAGAGAUGACCCUUUGGUGCAUCCUGAUAUGCUUGCUAUUCCACAGGCUUUUGUCAAAAAUCACAAGAAUUCCUUGUACAUUGAAACAGAGCAUGGAGGUCAUCUAGGCUAUUAUGACGGUGGAUAUCUUAUUCCACAAGCAGUCACAUGGUUGGACCGCACAGUUCUCUCGCUUGUUACUGCACUAGUCUACAAUCAGUAAUGCUUUAUGCUGCAGAAUUGGUGCAUACAUCAUUUGAAUGAAGCUCACUCUUUAUCAAUAAUGAUGCAUCAGUUUCAUUAGUCAUGGUGACAAGUUUUCAGUGUUGUAAAUUCUUAUCUUUGCAUAGUAUAUCAUAUCCUUAUCUUCUACUAUUUAGAAAUUUCAAACUGUUUUAGUUUCUUAAAGAUUUAAUGUCAAAUUGCAACCGUGAACACUUAUGGUGAAAAUAUUAAGUCUUAAUUUAAAAGUAACACAUGAUAGUUCGUUAUAUCAGUCCAACAUUGAUAGUGUUGCAUAAAAUCAUGGCUGAAUAUUUUGGAUAGUACUGUAUAUCAUAUUUUUGUUCAUAAAUAUUUAUCUUAUAUGUUAUGUGGUAGAUUGAAUGUAUUAAUACAAAUGUUAAAGUUUAUAGUAUCUGAAACAUGGUCAUGAUAUAAGUUUUAAAACAGCUUACUUGUACAUGCUAUUAAAAUUUAAUUCUUUUUAUGUAAUUGAAAAGUCACAGGUUUCUACUUAUGUUGUCCUGUGCCCUCUCCUCCAUGAGUUGCCCAGUAGCAUGCUGUUAUGGAGGUUAUGCACAAAAAUUUAAAUUAUUUUUAAUUAUAAUGGACUGGUUGCUCAGUGAAUGACAAUAGCAAUGAUUUGAGUUGUGAUGGUAGAAGUUACGUACUGUAUUAACUUGCCAGUACAUAAUUUUUUCAUGUAAAUUCUUAUAGAUAUGUGAAUCAUUUAGCAGAAAGAAAAGUAUGUUUCAGCAGCAAUGCAGAAUUUUGUCAAGCAUAGGCUUUAUCUCUGCUGUCAUUCUGUAUCUUUUUUCCUGAUAAUGAAACAGUUAAUAAAACUUAGAAGACUUAUAAAUAAGAAUAAGGGAACAACUGUUAUUUUUGCUAAAUAGUAACUAUGCACAAAAUAUAUUUAUAUUACAAAAGCAUUAUAUUGUUGUAGACAAAUUUGAAAAACUGAUGCAUCUGUGAUGUGUUGUCUACCUAUUACAGGUUUAUUGCAGAUUUAAUUCAUAUUUGUGUAGUAAGUUUGCCUGUUAUUGAUGCACAAAAGUUUUGGUUAAAGAUUCUCAAGACAUUAGGUUUUAUUUAUGCUCAUACGGAUACAGUUUUGCAGCAAUUUCACUUUUUCUGUAGUGAGGAAGAACCAUGUGUGAGAGUGGUGGAGGUGAGUGAGGCUGUGGGUAAAGCAGCUGGGAUUGAUGAGAUCAAGACAAAUGUUAAAAGCAGGUGGGAGUAUAGUUUUGAAGUAGUUGGUACUCUUGUCUAAUAAAUGUAUGAAAGAGGGGAAGGUACCUUGGGAUUGGUAAAGAGC